AUGUCGGCUGUAGUUGCAUCGCCAUCAUCCCUUGCCGCGCCCACGGCCCCGUCGUCGUCGUCGUCAGCGACGCCAUCCUCCUCUCGUCUCCCCGAUUCGACAUCGAGCGCAAAGAAGCGCAAGAUGGACGAGUCCCACGACGACGAGGACGACGACGACGAAGAGAACGACCUGGACGAAUCCUCGUCCGCUUCCAACUCUCCCUCAAAGGCUGCCAACACUGGCGGUCGCAGAAAGGCCAGCGACGAGGAGCGCAAGGCUCGUCUCGAAGCCCGUCAAGCCCGAAACCGUCUCUCCGCACAGUACUCGCGCGAACGCAAGAAGGCUUAUAUGGAGCAGCUCGAAGGCUCCAUCAACGCGCUCAAGACCGAGAACACCCUCCUUCGCCAACAGCGUGACCAAGAUCAGCUCGUCCGCCAGUCCCUCGAGUCCAAGCUCAAAGAAGCUCAGAUCCGUGUACACACGCUCGAGACCAUCCUCCGCACCGUCGCCCCGUCCCUUGUUCCGCUACUCAUGUCGUCGUCGUCAUCAUCAUCCUCUGUCUCCCUCCCUUCCGCUUCAUCGGCUAACGCCGCCUCCUCCACUUCGUCGACGGCUCCGCAGCUUGCUGCAGAGUCGUCCGCCGAUCUCGCGUCUGCACUUCUGCAGAACGCCGUCCCAGCAGCGGACGUCUUCACUCCGUUCGACGGUGUCGCUGGCAACGGAGCCUCUGCCGUGCCCAAGGUCGGAAGCAAUGUCGAUGCCAACGGCAGCAGCAUCGUCGCACAAGGAUACCCGCUCGCCAACCAGAUUAGCGUCUCCGCCGCAGAGCAGCCGUCGUCGAUCGCGGCCGACUCCCGCAGCGCUCUGUGUGAGCCUGCCGCCGAAGCGAAGGCAAGCCGCGCUGCCGUUGAAGCUGAAGCUAUCCUCUCCCACUUUAUCGACCUCGACGCCAAGUUCGCCAACAGUGACGCGGCGGCUGCGGCUCAAGAUCAAGGUGCCUCGGCGCCUGCCGCCUCGACUCCAUUUGUAUCUGUGGGCGAGGUGCAUGCAGCAGCAGCAGCAGGCGGCGCUCUGCGAUCAGCAGAAGCCGCUGCAGGUGGCCUCGCAGGCCUGAGCACCGUCUUUGCGGGUGCGCACGACGCGAGCACGGCCAGCGACAUGAGCCACGGCGACCCGUUCAAGUUCAACACGAUCAGCUUGGCCCCGACCGACAUCGACGGCAGCAAGGAGCAAGACGCGCAGCAGCGGUUCGCUCUGCUCAACUCUGCCCUGCUGCCCAGCGAGAGGAGCGUGUGGGAGCUUGCCACCGACGCGAUGCUCGAGGACAUCUACGGCAAGGCGCAAGAUGCGGAGGCGGACAGCGCCGACACGAGCCUCGCCACCACGGAUGCGUCGUCGCACUCGGAGGGCAGCGUGGGCUCGUCGCCGUUUGACCUGGUCGACCUCGACAUUGAGAUCGAAGAGCCGAUGCAGCUUCACAUCCAAGACGACAGCGCGGCGCUCGAUGCGUCUAGCAUGCUGGCUGCGGGCCACCAUGUCAAGGCCGAAGCCGGCAUGGACUGGCCCGGCCUGCUCGCCUCGCUGGUGGCCUGA